GAAUUUAAAGCAUUAAAAACUCUAAAUAUAUUCUACCAAGCAGGGACAUCAAAAGCUGGAAAUCCUGUUUUCUACUACAUUGCAAGACGGUUCAAGACUGGCCAAAUAAAUGGAGACUUACUGAUCUACCAUGUUCUUCUGACUUUAAAGCCAUACUAUGCCAAGCCAUAUGAGAUAGUGGUAGAUCUUACUCACGCUGGGCCCAGCAAUCGCUUUAAAACAGACUUCCUUUCAAAAUGGUUUGUGGUUUUCCCUGGCUUUGCAUAUGAAAAUGUAACAGCAGUUUAUAUCUACAACUGUAACUCCUGGGUGAGGGAAUAUACAAAAUACCACGAGAGACUGCUAACUGGUCUGAAAGGCAGCAAGAGGUUAAUUUUCAUCGAUCCAUCUGGAAAGUUAGCUGAGCAUAUAGACCAUGAUCAGCAGAAACUGCCAGCGGCCACACUUGCUUUGGAAGAGGACCUGAAGCUGUUCCAUAAUGCACUUAAACUGGCCCACAAGGACACUAAAGUGUCAAUUAAAGUGGGUUCUACGGCUGUUCAGGUCACUUCAGCAGAAAGGACGCGGGUUUUGGGCCAAUCUGUGUUUCUGAAUGAUAUCUACUAUGCUUCAGAGAUAGAAGAAAUUUGUUUAGUGGAUGAA